CAACUCUCCGUUUUACUACCAGCGACACCGAAGACUCUCAAUCCAUCCAUUUCGUGCCGCGAUCCAAUCCGAACAGCUCCUACGCGAGUGGUGAUCAAAAUCUGUGCUUAGUCAUUUUUAUCUAACGAGAGAUUUAACGCAAAGUUCACCGUAAUUUAAAUAAACCUGUUUUUAUUUAUUUCCUUUUACGGAUUAUUUAUUUGCUGCGAUUAGACACGUCGAGUGUCUUAUUCAUUUCGAGAAUUUGGUUCUAAGAAAUUCUUCUCUCAAGAUGACAUCAGCUUCCGUACGAUGGGUACUAAUUUUCUCUUUGAUCACCUUCGUUUCAUUAGAACCACAUCAAAGAUCCGGUUUAAGAAUUGUCCAUAAACUGGUCGGCGGACAUUUAAACACAAAUCGCGAUGAUGAUGUGGAACUGAUGACUUCCGGAGCUGGUGAGGGCCAAGGAAAAUCUAAAAAGACUGGGGGCGAAGAAAAGAAAACUUUAUCUCAACAGGUUGCGGACGGGAAAUAUGCGUUGAUUCAAAAUGAAUUAUUUUCGAAGCCGAUCAAAAGACCGGGUAUCAUCAGUUAUAAGGAUAAUCCUGAAGUUCCUAACGAUAAUAGUAAUAAUUUGGGGGGAUUAAAUAAAAGUGAUAUUUGGUUAUCUGAAAACCAUUUAUUGGUGAUUAAGGGUGGGUUUUAUCCCGAUCAUGAUCAGGAUAAUAAGGAUGUUAUUUGGACUCCCAUUGACGAUUUUAACGCUCCUGAUCGUCAAGUGAAGAUUCCUGCUCAUCCCAAGGUUCCUCCGCCCUUUCCAGUACAGCUCGAAGAAGGGGGACCAAUAUUGUUGUUCCUUAGCCCAAAUGUUACGAAAACGCUUAAUGGAACGUUCAAAGAAGGAAUAUAUCCCUUAUACCCCGAAAGUAAUGAAGUCAUCGGAGGAGAGGGAAUCAAAGAGCGACCAUCAAGUGGUAAACAUCCGCCCUACACUUUUACCGGGGAAACUCCGUUCCCAAUACCUCCAUUUCCACCCCCCACCGGAUUGGAUGGCCACAAUCCGAUCCAACAGAAGGAAGGUAUUCCUGGCAAUGUAAACGAUUCCUUGAUUCCUUCUUAUUUACCACCAUUCAUCCCUAAUUUGGAUAAUGAAACUUACGACGAAGAUGACCCAUCGAUUUAUUACCCACCACCAUACAGCUUUUAUUACGCGAGGGAUAACUCAACGGAAGUUCCACCAGGUCCUUUAGUACCUGGAAUUAUCCUUCCCCCACCACCAAAUUUCUUUGAAUCAUUAAACGAAAAUGGAGGUGCUAGAACAAAAUCAAAACCACCAUUAAGACCGAUCACAACAACAACACCUAAACCAACGAUAACAAUAACAACAACUUUAAAACAAAGAAUUAAAACAAAAAUUUAUUUCUAUCCAACAAAUACAACGGUUAAUCCAACAGUUUCUGGAAGGAAGAAACCAACAACAACAGAAACAACCAGUAGGAAGAAAUAUCCAACAAUAACUAUAUUAAAACCGGUUUCAAGGACAACAAGUACAAUAAAACCAAAAACUUCUAAAUUACCAUCGAAAAUGUUCGGGCCCCCAAUUACAUCAGAAACGCCAAAAGUAAUUGUAACAUCAACGAAGGUUCCUCUUAAAACUUAUUACGCAACGACACAUUUAGAACCAAUUAUUCCUAUAACCGAACGACCGAGACAACAACAAUUCAUCGACGUAACAAAAUCGAAAAUUAUUCCUCAAGUACAAAACGUCGAAGUGAACGUACCCAAUCAGGAUUCACAAAAAUCGAAUGUGAUUCAGGUUAUUCCACGUCAACAAGUACGUCCCGUUCAAAACGUACUUGAACCGUCGACGACCACAAGAGCCACGCCAGUACAAUAUUACUUUUACGAUGAGAAUGUUAUUAACACAACUCCCAGACCGUUUAUUAAUACAAUUCCGAAAGAGGUUUUAAUUCCUGAACGACCGCAACCGCCGGUCCCAUCGCGAAACGUUCCCCCACAAUCAAAUAUUCGUUAUUAUUAUGUAGGAGAAUCUGAAUUCCCAUCUAGAACGCAACCGGUACAAAUUAAAAGACCACAACGACCACAGAAUUCGUUUAGCGUUCACAUUGCGAGAUUAAAACAAGAAAUUGAAAGCUAUCAAAAUAUUAGAAAUGGUGAUUAUGGGAUUGUUAAUAACGAUAGGAAUAGACCGAGUGGUUAUUUUGAACGAUCCAAACCUGUGUAUGAGUAUGAAUUUCAAGCGGCUGGGUAUAGACAACAAAAUAAUUUUAAUAAUGGUUAUUUGCCUAUUCAACAAAAGAGACCUUUACCGCAUUAUAGCGUGGAAAUUCAAGAAGCUGUUGAAGUCACUCCACCAACACCUAUUUAUGAGACAACUCAAGAAGGGUAUUAUUUGGAUCCUGUAACUGAAAAUCCUGCAAAAUUACGUGAGGUACAAAGAAAUAAACAUCGCACUUCAAAACCAAUUUCACAAUAUUCAUUUGAAGCCACCCAAAAUCCACUUUACAAUCAAUUCUACACGAAACAUGACGAAAAAUUCAUCGACGAUGCCACAAAGGAAUAUUUCACCGUGUUUGGCAAAAGAAUUCCAUUAGCAACGACACCAAUUCCAAUUCAAAGGCAAAAAUAUUAUCAACGUCCGCAAGAAGUGAAACAAAAUCGUCCCAGUUUGGAAGGUGAUACGUACAUAAAUUAUUUGCCACAAAGACCACGUGUGAAUCCGCAUUCUGAGUUUAUUCUUCAACCGGUGAACGAAGAUCAAAAUUAUCGUAUUCAACAAACUGAACGACCGAUAGUGACUUAUAAGCUUCCGGGUGAUGAGGGAACUCACUUUUACUUUUUAACACCUCAACUUGCCCAAAAACGCGAACAGAAUGCGAAUUUUUAUUUUUCAAAUACGAAAAAUGGUAGGAGAUAGCUCAACCUUGCUGAUGAUGGUUUCAGCUUAGAUAAAACCCUGUGAUCUAUCCAUUUAUUUUUGACUGUGCAGUCUCUUUGACUGUGAUCGGCAUUAUUCCUAUGGAAAUGAUGCGAGUGUUAAGAAGAAAAAGAAAUAAUUAAGAAAACCUGUGCAGAAUAUUUUCUUAUUAAGGACUUACAUUAUAAGUGAAUAAGUGUAUUUAUAAAAAAAUGUACAUAUUAGGUGAUAAUUUUUAAUAAUCAUACGAUUUAUAUCAAAAACA